CACCCCCGCUGUUGUUAGGGGAGACAGCGCAGGGAGGCGGAAGAAGCCGGCUCUGACUCGGUGCCCAGCAGGCACGGGAGCGGUGGCGGCCAUGGCGGUCUCGGAGCCCGGGUAUCGGAGCUGGUCCUUUUGGCCUGAGGUGCCAUCCGCCACCUUCUUCACCGCGCUGCUCUCGCUACUGGUGUCUGGGCCCCGUGUGUUCCUGCUGCAGCCUCCCCUGCCACCCUCCGGCCUCUCACUGCGGUCCGAUUGCCUGCGCAACUGGCAAGUUUACAGGCUGGUGACCUACAUCUUUGUCUAUGAGAAUCCAGUCUCUCUGCUCUGCGGUGCUGUCAUCAUCUGGCGCUUUGCUGGCAAUUUUGAGAGAACCGUGGGCACCGUCCGCCACUGCUUCUUCACCGUGAUCUUCGCCCUCUUCUCCGCUAUCAUCUUCCUGUCAUUUGAGGCCGUGACAACGCUGUCGAAGCUGGGGGAGGUGGAGGAUGCCCGAGGUUUCACCCCAGUGGCUUUUGCCAUGCUGGGAGUCAACGUCGUCCGCUCUCGCAUGAGGAGGGCCCUGGUGUUCGGUGUGGUGGUGCCCUCGAUGCUGGUGCCGUGGCUCCUGCUGUGUGCCUCAUGGCUCAUUCCUCAGACCUCCUUUCUCAGUAAUGUGUGUGGACUUGGAAUUGGGCUGGCCUAUGGCAUCACAUACUGCUAUUCCCUCGACCUCUCAGAGCGUGUAGCAUUGAAGCUCGACCAGAAGUUCCCCUUCAGCCUGAUGAGGAAGAUUUCAAUGUUCAAGUACAUCUCCGGCUCUUCAGCGGAAAGACGAGCCGCCCACAGCCGGAAGCUGAACCCUGUGCCUGGCUCCUACCCUGUGCAGAGUAGCCACCCUCACGUGCCCCCAAGCCACCCUGUCUCCCAGAUACAGCAUGCCAGUGGCCAGAAGAUAGGCUCCUGGCCAGCCUGCGCUCCUGGGCACAUGCCCAGCCUGCCUCCCUACAAGCCUGCCUCUGGCCUGUGUUACGUGCAAAACCAUUUUGGCACAACCCCUAACUCCAGUGUCUACCCGGCUUCUGCGGGGGCCUCCCUGGGGGUCCAGCCCCCAGCCCCCCUCAACUGCCCUGGCACUGUGUAUUCCGGGGCCAUGGCCACUCCAGCAACUGCAGGCUCCAAGGAGGGCUCAAGGGUCCUGAUCCCCUGAUGGGGAAUUUCUGGGGAAGUUAUCUCACGUCUCAGCCUUCUGAAGAAGGUCCUCUCUGAGCUAAGGUUUUCUUGACAAAAAUUAUUUAUUGAACACCUCUAUGUGCCAGGCUCUGUGUUGAGUACUUUGAUAUAUCUUCCUGUUUCAUCCUCAUGACAACUUUGUGAAGUACAGUUUACUGUCCCCAGUUUAUAGCUGCAGAAGCAAGACUGUGAUUCCAUGAAGUCCGUAGCUUUGUAGUGGCACAGCUGGGCUUCUUGGCUCCAGGCCCAGGGCUCCUCCCACCUGCUGUCCUGCCUCCCAGAAGCACCUGGGCGAAGAGGGCAUUGUCAGUGGCUGCCAAUGGCUAGUUCCCACCCUGCGUUUCCUUCCUGUCACUGUGUAGUGCUGUUGGUUGUGUGGUUUCUGUGUGUCUGCCCCUCGGGAACUCCCAGCUGGUGUGCUUGGCAGUCCCCAGGCCUGUGUAGUGUUUCUCCCUGCAGCGACCCUCCCCAUCUCCCAGACAUCUGCCCCUGGAGUGGUGGAAGGGCCAGUGUGAACGGCAGCUUGCUGGUGGGUCCAUAGUGUUGAUUACCUUUGUAUAAAGAAACAACCUCUAACCUGC